CUUCCCUACGCAAUGCCGGCAGUCUCGCGGGAUUUCCUCCUCUCGCGGGAGUUAUUUGAAUGCCUGAGCGGUAACGACUCCCUGGGAGCCUGGGGCCCUCUGACAAGAAGCCUGAGGAGACGCCGCGGAGAGCUCUGCCUCUGGAUUGGUGGGCGGGUCGGCUGUAGCGGAACGCGGACAGGGCUUGUCCGGACAGAGUCCCAGAGCCAUGGGAGCGAAAAGAGACUGCUGCGGAUUAAGGAGGCCUUUCGGCUGGCGCAGCAGCCGCACCACAACCAGGCGAAGCUGGUGGUGAAUCGCUCCUGCCGCGGGUACUGUGGUAAACAGCAGUGAAGUUUUUGAUGUGCCAAAUUCUGAACCUUCAUAUUCACUCACCACUCACUGACUUACCCGGAACAACUUCUAGUCCUGCAAGCUCCAGUCAUGGUAAGUGCCCUUUACAGGUAUACCAUUUUAUCUUUCAUACUGUAUUUUUACUAUACCUUUUGUAUGUUUAGAUACAAAAAUACCAUGUGUGACAAAUUCAGUAUGGUAACUGAAUGCUGUACAGGUUUGUAGCCUAGAAGCUAUAGGCAGUGCCAUAUAGCCUAGGUGUGUAGUAGGCUGUGCCAUCCGGGUUUGUGUAAGUACUCUAUCACGGUUACAUAAUGAUGAAAUUACCUAAAGGUGCAUUCCUCAGAACAUACUCUGUCAUUAAGCAACACAUGACUAUAAUUGUGUUGUGUUCAGAGACAGCUGGGAAUAUUGGCUGUUUCCACAAGACAGACUGGAAAGCCUCAUUCAUGGAGCAUUGGGUAGAGUACAUACAAUGGGUCUUGCCUCAGUUGUGGGAAACAGCCCUAGCCUGAACACUGUCCCUGUUCUGCCUAACAAGCGUUUAAAGCAAGGCCUGAAAGCAUCAAACUAUUUCUAAGGAGCUUAACUGAAUUCUAGAACAAACCUCAAGAUUUAUAGGGAUACAAAAACAUCCAGCACCUAGAAAGGUAAAAUCUACAGUGUCAUCUCCAAACUAGCAAGGAUGCAAAUAAGCAGUAAAAUAGGACCCAUAAUGAGACAAAAAGUGACAUGUUAGAAUUCAGACAGUAUUCCAUAUGUUCAAAAAGUUAGGUAGGGGCCUGGAAGAUAGAUGCCAAUCCAACUUCUAGAGAUGAAAACUGCAAUGUGUGAAAUGUAAAACAUAUUGUGUGGGAUUAAUGGCAGAUUGCACAUUGUGGAAGAAAAGAUUCAUGAGUUUGAAGAAGACAUAGCAAUAGAAACAAAUCAAAGUCACACCAAAAAAAUAGUCUAUCAGUGAGCUGUACACAAGUUUAAGCACCCUACUGUGUAAUGGGAGUAGGGGAAGGGAGCAUACAAAGUAUUUGAAGAAAUGAUAGCUUAAAAGUUUGAUAGAAACCAUAAACCCACAGAUUCAAGAAGAUAUGAACUCCAAGCACAAGAAGCAUAAAAAACCCAUACUACCCAGGCAUGGUGGCUCAUGCUUGUAAUUCCAACACUUUGAGAGGCUGAGGCAGGAGGAUUGCUUUGAGGAUGGGUGUUUGAGACCAGCCUGGGCAACGUGGAGAGACCCUGUCUCUUACACAAAAACCCAAACCAGAGUACACCAUAAUCAAAUUGUUUAAUACCAGUGAUAAAGAUAAAAUCUUAAAUGGACCAGCGGCAAAAAGGUACUGUUUUUAAGUGACUUGGAAAUAGUUACAAAGGUGAGAAGUUAGAUUUCUUAAAGGGAACAAUUUGAGAAGCCAGUAGAGCAACAUAUUUCAAGUACAGAACAGAGAAAAACCCUGUCAACCUAAAAUUAUGUGCCCAGGCCAGGUGUGACUCACGCCUGUAAUCCCAGCACUUUGGAAGGCUGAGGCUGGCAAAUCACUUGAGGUCAGGAGUUUGAGACCAGCCUGGCCAAGAUGGAGAAGCCCCAUCUCUACUA